AUUUAGAUGAAAACAUUAAACCCUUCGACAUAUGUUAUUUGGUAAAACUGACUCAAAGUGUUUGGUAGAAUGAAAGACAGUGCAUACUUUUAAAAGAAUACCGAUUUGUAAGCCCCAUAAAUAUAUUCUGCAAGUGUUCCGAAGCAAAAUUAAUCACCUAAUGUCUCCUCCUGUGAAAAGUUGCCUUCAUGAAUUUUCAAACUGACUUUGCAUCUAGAAGUUUAUUUCCUGACAGAAUUAAGAAGUCAACACGAAAAUGAAACUGGAUGAAAUAUCAUUGAAUGUGACCGCUAGACCGACCUCUUCAGGAUUCUGUGUUUUAAAGUGCAUUAUUUUUACAUGUAUAAUGCUUGUUACAACGAUCAUAUUUACAUUGUUAUUUGCGAACAUAAAGGUACUCAGAAAACUGGAUUUCCCAUUUUAUGUAUCAACUGCUCUUAUAUCAGUUGGAGCACUCCCUGCAACAGUCUUGUUCAUUGAGGAAAAAAUUGAAGACUUCUUACUCGUGAACUACAUGCUUGUGGCAUUGAGUGUAUUAAUUUCGUCUCUUGGAGUAGCUUACCUCACACGGUUCCUAAGACUAUGGAGUUUGUUAGCGUGGCUCUUGGCAAUGUUCCUGGCCGAUGUGGCAAUGAAAGUGGGAUACUCACUGAUGCAGAUGACUCAUAAAGGAGACAAUAUAACAAUAAUUUUGAUUGUUGUAUUCAUACUUUUAGGAUGUCUCCUGCUUCUUCCUGCAUUCUAUUUGGAUUAUAGAGUACCUGGGUUCAUACUUUUUAGCGUAUUUGUUGGACUUGGUCUUAUCUUGGCGUUAUUUCUAGCUGGACAAGGUUUAAAGCUUUGCUACAAGAGAAAUGAGAUUACUUUCCUACCAGUAAAGUUGGCACUGAUUAUCUGGGCGUUAACGAUCUUGUUGUAUGUGGUGAUAUCAACUGCAAUUGAAGAGAUCAAAAAUAAUCAAAUAAGACGUUUCAAAAAUCACCGUAUCUACAUUAGAAACAACAUUCUGCUUUGUGCACAGACUACUAUUUGACUGUUAUCUGUUGUUGUUGUUUUAAAAGUAAAUUUUGUGUGAAACCUUUUUAUAUUUACAUUUAUCCUAUAAGUAUAUGCC